AUGCCUGGACUAUUCGCCUUUAACGAUGCAAGCUCUCCGCUCAACAUCUCAUGUGGACCAAACCUAUCGUCACAGCCACCUCCUGCAAUGCAGUUCGGAGACUUUGGCGACUCUGUGCUUUUAGCCCGCCGCGUCUUAACCCCAGAUAUAUGCAAUCUGAUCCUAGAGAAUUCUGAACAAUGGUCAUGGGGUGCAGCCGAUAUACACGGUAGACCGCUUGAUGGUGAUGACGGUAAUCACCUCCUAGCAAAUUCUAUAGGCGACAAGGUUCAACGGGCGGGAUGCUUUCAGGCCCGUGCGAACAAUGAAGGCCUUGCCAACGCUCUUUGGGCAAGAUUAAGGCCAGCUAUACAGUCGGAACGCGAGGUGAAGGAGAACUACCACGACAACAAUGACCACGGCCUAUGGCGUCCGGUCGGCCUGGAUCCAACACUACGUUUCGUACGCUUCGAGCAUGGUGGCACUAUUGUACCACAUUACGACGUGGGCUUCAACCUUCCCGCAUCGCCGAGGGAUGUCCUAUUGGAAGUCUCAAUGGACCUUGGGGACUGCUUACUCUUCGAUCAUGGGCUGCUUCAUGACUUCGCCACUUCUACCAAGACAACGGGCGCACCUGUCCUUUUGCGGAUGGAUAUCAUUUAUGAGCGGUGCUUUCAACGCGACAUCCAGCCUGUCGCUCCGUCUCUUGUCACAUCACUGGCCAACAAUAUACCGUUGGCCGGGCUUGUUGCAGGUCUAGACCAGACUUACCGAAAGGCGUUGGCUGCUUUUAACGGUUCAUUCGAGUUAUUGCAAGCUGCGGGCUAUUUCGAGGACGGAUUGGGCGGCAAUUAUAGCGGCUUCAACCCACGCUGGUGGACAGGACCAGUUGAUAAGGUGCAUUCACGGCUCCUGCAUAUGGGGAAUGACGCCUCAAAGGAAUUGGCUGUCCUUGUCACGACGGGGGCGUUUAACCCAAUCCACAAGGGUCACAUCCAGACGAUGGAGACGGCAAAGCGGGAGCUAGAAGGACGGGGCAUAGCGGUACUUGGGGGAUAUAUCUGUCCCGACCAUAACGGGUAUCUCGCUUCAAAGACACGUUCUGGGAGUGAAAAUGGUACACUAUCCCCAGCCCAGCGUUUGUACCUUUGCGAACGGGCAGUAGCCGAGAGCGAGUGGCUCAUGGUUGAUCGAUGGUCCGCCUUGUAUGCACCACGGGCCGUCAACUUCACCCGGGUCCUAGAUUAUAUAGCGCAAUUGCUCGCCCAGAACGUACGAACGCAUCGCCCUAUAAACGUUGUGUACGUAUUUGGGGGCGAUAACGCCAUGCUUUCUCUCUCAUUCGUUCAGAGGGGAUCAUGCCUGUGUGUUGUGCGAGAAGGGAGCCUCCAAGCUGUUGAGGAAGCGUCCAAGAACGCCUUGAUAGUUAACAACCCUCGAGUCAUGUUCAGCUGGGACCAAGCCCCAUACUUCAGUUCUACUAAAGUUUGGCAGGGAGAUCUAUCCGGUCUUCUAGAUAUCACUAAGGCGGAAUGGACGCAUUUGCAAACUAGGUCGCUUGCUUGGCCUGGGGAGCCGGUGAACUUUACAUGCGGGACGAAGGUCCUUGGGCCAUUGAGCCGUGGGACAUUCUGCGCUGGGUUACGACAAGCCUUCGCUAAGGCCUUCACUGUGGAGCCGAGAAUGCUCCCACCAGUAAAUAUUCUCUCAAUACGCCUUGCGGACCAGGAAAAAAUAUACCAAGAGCGGUUUGGGGAUCAACAGGUCAUCAGCCUCGAUCCAUGUUUGCCCGGUACCGUUAACCUCCAGAUGUCCCGACGCUUUCGUCCCCUCAGCCGCCAAGCAUGCGGGUUUGUCGCGCGUUACGGUGCGCCCCCGCUUGCUUCUCAAGUCAGCCGCAUUCCCUCUGGCAACUACAUCCUCUUCGAUGAUGAUACAUUUAGUGGGCAGACAGAAACGUACGCAAAAUCCCUCCUCGUCAACCAAUGCACUGUCGACGAGUUUCGAACCCUCUGUGAUGCUCAGGGAUCUCUCAACCUAGAUAAACGAACCAUACCCUCUGGAGAGCGACUCAACCACGUCGACUGUCGCGACUUCCUUGCCGGUGCGCGUGAGGGAGGGCUAUGCUUGGAGCUUUCGGAUAGUACGAUUUGUAGGGCCCCGUACACGCUCCCGUAUGUCAGCCCACACUAUCGGGCUAGCGUGCCUGUUGUGGCGGAGGUCGAUUUCUCUAGAGAGGUCUGGAAUUUGAACAAGAAUUUUUUUGCUUCAUUGGACGUUGACUUACGCCUUCAAGACAUGUCACCCGCUUUCCUGGAACUAGGGGAUUCACUUAAAUUCCCAGCUGAUGGAAAGAUGGUGGAUUUCUCUCUGUUGAAACCCUUACAGAUUCGUACGAUUUGCGACCUGGCCGACAGGGUUGAUGUUGACAUACCCAGGCAGAGAGUCAGGCCUGUGGGCGAGAGGAACAAGGAAUGGGCUGACAUGUCCGUCCCUCUGCCCUACGAGACCCCGACAGUGAGCGCUCUGUCCGAUUUAUUCGGCCGUUCCUGGUUUGAGAGGCUUUGGGUUUUCCAGGAGAUACGGCUGGCGGGCAAGGCGGCCCUCUUGCAAUGUGGCACAGCUUUCAUCAAGUGGCAGUACGUGAUGACAGCCGGUUGGUGUUUCCACAACAAGCCCUGGAGAGCUCCCGUUUCCAAUGAUUUCAGGCAGCGCAUCGAGAUGGUGCGUCAGAUGUAUAACUCGAAUAUAACAAACUUGUCGAUGCUCAUCCGGCGUACAGUCCACCUCAAGUGCUCUGACCAAAGAGAUAGACUGUAUGCGCUGUUGAGCUUACGUCGGGAGGACGAGAGGAAGCUUCACGUCGACGUAGACUAUACGAAGUCGGUCGGCAAGGUCUACCAGAGCUACAUACACCAAUAUAUCGAAAAACUCAAGAGCCUGCGGCUCCUGUCUGUUUGCGAGCUCCAGAACCAUCUUGUCGACACGCCGACGUGGGUGCCUGACUGGUCUCGCCCCCAGCACGCAAAUGCACCUAGGGCUCAGCAGUACGCCUCGGGGUAUAUGCCAACGGACAUGAUAAGCAUUACUGAGAGCAUUCUAACGGUGACAGGGGUAAGCGUGACCACUAUACAGGCGGCGACAGCGUUCGAUACGAGAGAUAGAAGUGACGGCGCCGCGAUCCAGCUUAUCCGCGAGUGCGCCCCGUCGGGGGUCCUUGAACGCGUUUAUCCUGGGAAUGCUGUAUCGAUGCUGGAAGCCUACUGUUGUACACUGUGUCAUGACACGUUUAGCAACCGUAUCUCCCCAGAGCGAGUCCUUUUCCCAUCAUUCUCCGAGAGUCUUGCGGCGGUGAAAAAUAUCGUAGAGAAAUCGUCUGUCAUCGUCCCAGCCAACAGGUAUUACAGCUUGGUUAUCGACAUCUGUGCCGGGCGCUCUUUCAUCCGCACGACAGACGGCCGCAUGGGACUCGCGCCGGCCGUCACUCAGCCUGGGGAUCGUGUCGUCGUCCUCCUCGGCUGUAGGAGCCUCAUGCUCCUGCGGCCAACGGGGUCCCAGUACCAAGUCGUCGGCCUGGCUUACGUGCACGGCUUGAACAACGGUGAGCCGCUUUUCGGGUCGCUUCCGAGCCACUGCCGGCCGGUUUUGAAGUGCGAUAAUGGCGUCUUUACCGAACAAUUGUUUCUGGACUGUCGGACUGGUGAUAUCAGUAACAAGGACCCAAGGUUUGCUGGCUUCGGCGACGACGAGAUGGGCGCUGGCUUAUAUUUUGGCGGUAAGGCUCCAACAAUAGCGGCUCUUAAAGCCCGGGGUAGACCACUACAAACGUUUGAAAUUAUUUAA